AUGCGACGAUAUGGAGUAUCUCCCUGGUACUCUCAGAGUACAUAUUCUCUGAACAUUAUUCCUGAAGAAUAUGUGCCACCUGUGGACUAUGACAUCGAUUUUCGUGACGCGAUACACGAUGAAACAAAUGGUGGACAGCUUGGAGGGGAGUCACUGGAUCGGAGAGGAUGGUCCGCGGCGUCGACUGCUGGAAAUCGAACGACACUGACCGCAUCGGUGCAUAACAACAUGAUGAAUGGACGCAUGUCAUCGUCUAGUCAUAAUUUGUCGACUAGACUAUCCGGAUCGUCACAAAAUUUGAAUCAGGGACCAACGAAUGCGUAUGGGCUUUAA